AUGCCAGGUCCUCAGGUUCACGAGGGGAUGGUCCACCGGAUAGAGGUGGAGAAUUUCAAGUCUUACAAGGGUCGGCAGGUCAUCGGCCCGUUCAUGAAUUUCACAGCCGUGGUUGGCCCGAAUGGCGCGGGGAAAUCAAAUCUCAUGGACGCCAUAAGCUUCGUGCUGGGCGUGCGGUCUGCGCAUCUACGCGGCUCGCAGCUCAAGGAUUUAAUCUACGCCUUGGACGACGACGAUCGCGAUGACCCGAACCGCGGAGCGCACGUGAUGCUGGUGUAUAUAAAGUCGUCGCAGCCCGCUUCGACGUAUUCUGGGAUGGAGGAGCUGCAGUUCACUCGCGCUAUAACGAGUUCUGGCAGCAGCCAGUAUCGGAUCAACGGCUCGGUGGUUUCAUGGGACGACUACAACUCGCGGCUUAAGGACAUCGGCAUCCUCGUUAAAGCACGAAAUUUUCUCGUCUUUCAGGGUGACGUGGAGUCGAUCGCGUCCAAGAGCCCCAAGGAGCUGACGGGGCUGUUCGAGCAGAUCGCUGGAUCGGACGAGCUGCGCAAGGAGUACGAGGCGCGCGAGGCGGACAAGAGCCGCGCGGAGGAGCGCACCAUGUUCGCGUACCAGAAGAAAAAGAACAUGAGCUCGGAGAAGAAGCACAAGAAGGAGCAGAAGGAGGAGGCCGAGCGGCACCUCAAGUUGCAGCAAAAUCUGAAAGACAAGCGCGCCGAGUUUUACCUCUGGCAGCUGUACUGCAUCGAGAAGGAGAUGAACGCGGCUCGCAGCGCGCUGGCGGCGUCGCGGGAGGAGCUGCAGCGCGUGCAGGAGGAGCAGGGCGACGUGGAGAAGCGGCAGCGGGAGAAGAUGCGCGAGCGCGCAGUGCAUAGCAAGGACGUGUUGACUGCAGAGAAGAAGGUGGCGCGCAAGGCUGCAGAAAUUGACAAGAAGCGGCCGGAGAUGGUGAAGGUGAAGGAGGAGAUGCGGCGCGCGGAGCAGCGGCUGAAGGAGGACGUGGAGAAGCUGGAGAAGCUGCAGGCGCUGCAGGCGCGGCAGCAGGAGGAGGUGGCGCGGUUGGAGCGCAGCCUGGAGGACGUGCAGGGCGAGCUGGCGGACAUGGAGGGCAUGAGCCAGGCGGGCGGCCAGCAGCAGCUGCACCUCGCGCAGAGCCAGCUGGAGGAGUACCAUAAGAGGAAGGAGGAGGCAGGGUCUAAGACGUUCAGGCUGCGGCAGGAGAAGGAGGCGCUGGACCGGCAGCAGCAUUCGGACGUGGAGGCGCAGAGGAGCAUGGAGGCGAGUGUGGCGCAGAUGGCGGGCAGGGAGGAGCAGCUGGGCGUGCACCUGGAGCAGGCGCGCGCGCGCGUGGAGCGCGUGGGGAAGGACCUGGCGGAAGGGAGAGAGGCUCUUGAGCGGCUGAGGAAGGAGGAAACUGAGAUGCGCGAUCGCCACCGCCGCGCUCGGCACCGAGCAGAGGCACUGGAGCAGCGGUUGGAGGAGGCAGAGGCGCAGCUGCGGGAGCUGAAGGCGGACCGGCGGGAGAACGAGCGCGAGACGAGGAUGGCAGAGACUGUGGCGACCAUGAAGCGCCUGUUCCCGGGCGUGCAUGGGCGGCUGUCGGACCUGUGCAAGCCCACGCAGCGGCGGUUCAACAUGGCGGUUACUGUGGUGAUGGGGAAGCUGUUUGAUGCUGUGGCUGUGGAGGAUGAGCGCACGGCCAAGGAAUGCAUUGAGUACCUGCGCGCGCAGCGCCUGCCACCCAUGACAUUCAUUCCCUUGCAGACGGCGCGAGUGAAGGCAGUGAACGAGCGCCUGCGGUCGCUGGGAGGCACAUGCAAGCUCGUGCUGGACGUCAUUCAAUAUCCUCCUCACCGCACUCUCUCUGCCCUCUUCCUCUUCCUCCUCCCCCCUCACUCCUCUGGUGCUGCUCUGGUCUUGCCCACUGCAACUCCUCUGGAGGUGGCGAUGGUGUAUGCUGUGGGUAACACACUCGUGUGUGACACUCUGGAUGAGGCUCGAUCUGUUGCGUGGGGCGCAGAGAGGCACAAAGUGGUGGCACUGGACGGCACGCUGUUGGCCAAGAAUGGCUGCAUGACAGGAGGCACCAGUGGAGGCAUGGAGACACGCUCGCAGCGCUGGGACGAGCAAGAGGUUGAAAAGCUCAAGGCAGCGCGGGACAAGGUAGCCAAGGAGCUGUCAGAGGUGCUGUCAGUGCGCGAGACACAGAGCAAGGAGCAGGAGAUUGCUGCGCGGAUCGCAGGGCUAGAGAGGAAGACACAGUACGCAGAGAUGGAACUGAAAAUGUCUGAGGAAAAGGUGGCGAAGGCGGAGCAGGAAUUGGCAGUGAUGGUAGCAGAGAAGGACAGAAUCGCCCCGGAAAUCACCCGGCUGACUGCAGCAGUAGAGGCACGGCUGGAGCAAGUGGGGGCGAAGGAGCAGAGGAUAAACGAGAUCAUGGACCGGGUGUUCCGCGAGUUCAGCCGCACCGUGGGAGUGGCGAACAUACGAGAGUACGAGGAGAACCAGCUGCAGCAGGCGCAGCAGCUUGCGGAGCGCAGGCUCGCUCUUGCCAACCAGAUUGCCAAGCUCUCCAAUCAACUGGAGUAUGAGCGGCGGCGGGACAGUAAGGGGCCAGUGGAGGCGCUACAGGCAAGCAUGGAGCAGCAGAGGCAGCACCUGGAAGAGCUCACACACACGGGGCGCAGGCUGCAGGCCGCUCUGGAAAAGGCCCGGGACGAGCUGCAGGCACUCAAGGUGCCCGUGGAAGAGGCGAAGGCCCAGGCAGAGGCAGUGGAGGCAGAGGUGCAGGCUCUGAGCAAGGCUGCCAGUGCACUCACGGCCAAGCUGGGCAAGGCCAAGCGCAGCAUCACUGCUAAGGAGGCGAUGGUGGUGCAGCUGCACGCGCGGAGGGGAGAGGUCCUAGAGCGGUGUGAGAUGGAGCAGGUGCCAGUGCGCACAGCAGCGGGUGCGCUCGUGCCCUCAGUGCCGCUCACUGACACACAAGCAACAGGAGCAGCAGGGGGGUCCAGCCAGGCAGGCAGCAGCAGCGCUGUGGGCAGCGGGGGAGGCGCGGCAGCGGAUUUUUCGGCAGGGGUGGACGAGCCUCUGGAUUUCUCGACGCUGCCUUCCAGCCUGAAGAAGGCAAUGACGGGGGAGGAGAGGGAGCGCAAGGAAGCAGAGCUGCGCAAGGAGAUGGAGGAGGUGGCGGGGGAGCUGGAGCGCACAGCCCCCAACCUCAAGGCGCUGGAGCAGUUUGAGGCCCUGCGCGCCAAGGAGCGUGAGAUGAGCGAGGAGUUUGAGAGCAUUCGGCGCGAGGCCAAGGAGGCGGUGAAUGCCUUCAACCACGUGCACCAGCAGCGCUACGAGCGGUUCAUGGCAGCAUUCGCGCAUGUGUCAACGUGCAUCAACCGCAUAUACAAGGACCUCACCAGCAGCUCCGCGCACCCUCUAGGCGGCACGGCAUACCUGAGUCUGGAGAACGAGGACGAGCCCUUCCUGCACGGCAUCAAGUACACGGCCAUGCCGCCCAGCAAGCGUUUCCGAGACAUGGAGCAGCUGUCCGGAGGGGAGAAGACCGUCGCUGCACUCGCACUACUGUUUGCCAUCCACAGCUACCGCCCGUCGCCCCUGUUUGUGUUGGACGAGGUGGAUGCAGCUCUAGACAACCUCAACGUGGCCAAAGUCGCGGCAUACAUCCGCGCCAAGUCCCGCCACACCGCUCACGCCUCCGACCAGCAGGCCCCAGACGGCGGCGCUGCUGCUGAUGCCUCGCAGCGGCUGGCAGAUGGGGCGGGCGGAGCGGGGGGUGAGGCGGGGUUUCAGAGCAUUGUGAUCUCGCUCAAGGACCAGUUCUACAGCUGGGCUGAUGGGCUCAUUGGGGUUGUGCGCGACUCUGAAGACAGGUGA